UGAUAAAUUUUUGAGUGAAAUGACAUUGACUUGAACACGUAUGGCAUACUUGAUUUGCUGAUUGUUUUGACCAAGUUUUCUUACUAAUUACAAAGCUAUUUCACAUCAUCAAUUGUCUUGUAAUUAAUUGACAGUGAAAUCUCUGCCUUUUACAAGUAUUAUAUUUUUUUUUCGUGUCAUCGAGAAGCGUUCCACAUAUUUGAUUCUGGAUAUUGAACGGGGGUCAAAUAGCUAGGAUCAGCAAGACGACUGCCGAAUUGCUUUAAACCUGAGAAACUGUGCACUGUAAAACAUCGUUGUUAUGCCUAAAAAGGGGGUUGUUGCUAAAAAUAAAUCAAUGAAAAUGAAAAAAAAUACCGAAGACACUAGAAGCUUCACCUUUGAUGAUAAGAGAUCUGGCGGUUCUACAACUUUAGGCAAUGAAUCCGGCGGUAGCUAUCCUGGUUAUAAAAACACUCGUUACAAAUCUCCAAAUAACGAAAACAACAACACAAUUGAUAGCUCCGUACUUGGAUCGUUCGAUGAUGCGAAACAGUACCAUCGUUUGGAGUACAGAGCGGACAUCUCCAUGAAAAUGAGCGCCGGUAGUUCAAAUAGUAACAAAAACUCAAAUCGAAAUGGUAAUAAUAACAACAAUGCAGUAUCGCAGAAAAAUGAUAAUAAGAAAUUUGCCAAAGAAAUCAAAUCGCUAGUGCUGUGGGCAUCACCAAUGAAAACACUAAAAUAUGCAAGCCUUGAAGUAAUAUAUCUAUUGCAAACUAACCUAAGUAGGUUACUUCAUCGACGAGCACAGCUAACCGCCCUAUUAAUUGUAAUAUGUAGCACUGCUGUGGCUAUUUAUACACCAGGUCAACACCAAAUUAUUGUACAAUACUUGAAACAUAAAGGAAUAUUCGUAAUUUAUUGGUUAGGUUUGGGUAUUUUAUCCUCUGUGGGACUUGGAACCGGAUUGCAUACAUUUUUGUUGUAUCUAGGACCACAUAUUGCCAGCGUAACCCUAGCAGCAUAUGAGUGCAGUUCUCUCAACUUCCCUGAACCGCCGUAUCCUAAUGAAAUACUUUGCCCUGAUGAGAACGGUACUGCAGAACUUAUUGUACCAUCGUUAUGGUCUAUUAUGACAAAGGUUCGUUAUGAAGCUUUUCUGUGGGGAGCCGGAACUGCAUUGGGAGAACUUCCACCCUACUUUAUGGCUAAGGCCGCUAGGCUCUCGGGUAAUAAUACUGAAGAAUUAGAGAAUUUACAAGAACUUGAAAAACUUCAAAAGCGCAAAGAAAAAGGUGAAAAAUUGAAUUUGUUCGAUAAAGGUAAACUGAUGAUGGAGGAUAUUGUUGAACGUGUAGGAUUUUUUGGUAUUCUUCUGUGUGCUAGUAUCCCGAAUCCAUUAUUUGAUCUGGCUGGAAUAACAUGUGGUCACUUUCUGGUUCCUUUCUGGAAGUUUUUCGGUGCUACGCUUAUCGGUAAAGCGGUGAUUAAAAUGCAUAUACAGAAAAUUUUCGUUAUCAUAUCCUUUAACGAAAGCUUGGUUGACAAGUUCAUCGACAUUCUUGCACUCAUUCCAAUGGUUGGUGUACGGUUGCAAAAGCCUUUUAAAGGAUUCUUUGAAACCCAGAAGCAGCGUCUCCACCGAAAUAGUCACAAGCAAUCGAUUAACUCUUCAGAUGGUAAUUUAUUGGCUAGUUUGUUCGAGUAUUUCGUUUUCGCCAUGAUAUGUUACUUCUUAACAUCGAUUGUAAAUACAUUUGCUCAAAGUUAUUGUAAGCGUAUGAGGAAGUUACAAGACAGCAAUUAUUCCUUGCAUGCCGCAUCAAAUAAAAAGCAAACCUAAAGCAUAGGCAAGAGUAACAGUCGCUAUAUUUUAGGACUCUAUAAAAAAUAUUGCUUCGAUAUAGCAUUUAUGUAAAAAGAUUAAUGAUGUAGUACUACCAAAUUAUAGUUUGUCAGACUCUUCAUGUCAUGGAAAAUAAAUAAACAAAUACCGGUUUUAGUGAUUUGGACGUUA